AGUGAAAGUGUGGAGUUGUUUUGGUUGGAUGUGGCAGCAGCUGAGCCGUCAGAGCGUCUGGAGAGGAGACACCAGUCGGUCUUCAGGACGAUCCGGGACAACAUGAGCGACCAGAGACAGGACGAGAAACGCUACGACCGCAGAGACACGACUCUGAAAUUCGUCAACAGGCCGGAUGACCUGGAUCCUCUGCCGCCGGAGGAGGGAGACCCGGGCCUCAGAGCAGAGAUGUCCUGCGGUCACGCCGUCACUCCGGAGUCUCUGACCGGGUGGUGCCGCAGUCUGCUGGAUCAGGGCCAGUACAAAUUUAAGUGCCCUGCACUGAAGGAUGGCACUGUGAAUAGGUGUGGUGCAGUGUGGCCUUACAAGGAGGUGCGCAGGCUGGCGGUGCUGACAGCUGAAGAGAUGCAGUACUUCGAGGAGAACAUCGCUCGUAUGGCUGCAGCAGAACACUGUGAAUUCAAAUCAUGUCCCGGUUGUAAAACCUACCUGGAGAGGAUGGACCUGACCAACCUCUGUGUGCAGUGCACGGUGUGCACAGCAGACAAGAAGACGGUGUACCAGUUCUGCUGGCAGUGUUCGAAGCCCUGGAAAGGAACCGCUCCAUCCGCAGAUCGCUGUGCCAACGAGGGCUGCGUCAACCACGACCUGGAGCUGCUGAAGAACUGCAAGCUGACCGUCCUGCCUGAGGUGCUGGAGGUGAUUGCCUGUCCCUCCAUCCGGGCCUGUAUCACCUGCGGUCAGAGGGUGGAGCACGACAAAACAGGCUGCAAGAACAUCAUCUGUCCUCGCUGUCAGAUCGAGUUCUGCUUUGUGUGCCUGAAACUCACCCCGGAGUGCCUGAAGACCAGCACUCACUUCCAGAAAUGCAGUGCUGGUGUGGCUCCAAAGCAAACAUCUAUCCCAGUGUGGCGCAGAAACUAAGAGGCAGGAUGCACCAGCAUCUAUUUCCUGUUAUCAACAAUAUCAAGAUGACUUUCAUUUUCUUUGCAGUGAAAAUCAAAUAUUCUACAAUCCUGCUUUAUAUUGACAGCAUUUGUUUGUGGUUCCUCUGCAGUAUUCUCUGAUUUAUAAAGAUAAAACACUGUUCUCUGUUUAUCUGUUAUCCUGGAUUUGAUGUAUGUUCAGUGCAGUGGCGGCUGCUGGUCUUCCAAAGAGGGGAAGUUCAUUUUCAGCAUACAUUGUAAUAUGUGUAAUCUGUUUUUUGUAUGUAAAUUCUAUUAGCUUUCAUGCCUUUUGUAC